CAAGCAAGUUGCGAGGUUUUACAGAUUAUCUCAGCAUUUCUUCUGCCAUCCAUCAUACCCAGUUCGGGAGUAUAAGCCGUCAAAUCUCCUACGUCCUCUGUUCCUAAAGCAUAAAACCGUCCAACCUCCCGAUUUCGACUACCGUCAUACCCCAUCGAUCCCAACCAGUCAUCAUGUCUGCCCCGCACGACGACCCGACAGACGAUGCGCCAGAGAUGCUCGACUUGGACGAGGCGGCCGAAGAGAUUGAGGAUGUCGAGGGUGAUGUUGCGAUGGACUCGGACGAUGAGCAAGAAGAGAUCCAGCUUCAGAACGAUAGCAUAGCCUACUUUGAUCUGCACAAGGACUCCGUCUACGCCAUUGCACAACACCCGACACAGCCCUCUCUGAUCGCAAGUGGAGGUGGAGAAGGCGAAGAAGAAGAUGCCCCUGGAAAGGGAUAUGUCUUCGACACAAGCGCCAUCGCUGGUAGACCGGUUCUUCCUCCGAGUUAUAACGCAGACCCGACCGCGACCCAGCAGAAAAACACCGAGUUGACUCCAUUGUUCACCAUCGAAGGUCACACUGACUCGAUCAACGCCCUAGCGUUCACACUCCCGCAGGGAAAAUACUUGGCAUCAGCAGGACUGGACGGAAGAUUGCGAGCAUACCAGGUUGCUUUUGAUGGCAGAAACAAGGCUUCCUUCAAAUUCAUCGGUGAAGCGCAAGAGGUGCCUGAGAUCAACUGGUUACAACCCUGCCCGUCAUCGGAGCACCCGAACUCUGUUGCCAUAGGAGCUUCCGAUGGCUCGGUAUGGGUGUACACGAUCGAUGCCUCUGAAGCCUCGAAUCCUCUCCAGGUUGUCCAGACUUAUUUCCUACACAACGCUCCUGUCACAGCCGGCGCCUGGUCCGCCGACGGCCUUCUCUUGGCAACAGUGGCUGAGGACAGCUCGCUGAACGUCUUCGAUGUCUGGGGAGAGGCCGCCGCGAAAGGUCUCACCAAUGCGAAUGGACAGACGGUCGUCUCUCUCACUGCCGAAGACCAGCGCUUCGAGGUGGAGGGCGGACUUUACUCCGUCGCCAUUGACCCGAGGAGCGCGUUCGUCGCCGUGGGCGGUGCCGGCGGUGUCGUCAAGAUAGUUGCCUUACCGCGCAUAGGAAACACAGCAUCUGCUCAGCCACAGUCCAGCAAGCAGAGUAAAGCCAAGGCCAAGGGCGGCCAGUCAGGUGGUGGCCAAGGCGGCACUGUUCUGGCUAGUUUGCAAACACAAGCCGACGGUAUCGAGACAUUAUCAUUCUCACCCACCCAGAAUCUGCUUGCUACCGGAAGCGUUGAUGGAAGUAUCGCUAUUUACGACACUGCUCGAGGAUUCGCUGUCCGUAGACAUAUCAAAGAGGCACAUGAGGAUUUCAGCGUGGUCAAGCUGGAGUUCGUCAAGGGCACAGGCGACGGUUGGUUAUUGACCAGUUGUGGUAUGGAUGGUGUCAUCAGGAGAUGGGAUGUCAGAGGUGCUACCCCCAGUGGAAACGUCAGUGUCGCCACGGCCUCAGGAUUCAUGAAGGAGUGGAGAGGUCACAGAGGAGAUGGCGAGGGGGGUGGCGUGCUUGGCUUCGUGCAGGGUGGUUCUGGUGAGAGAAUCAUCACAGCUGGUGACGAUGGUGUGGUGCUUGUAUUCGAGGCAUGAGUCAAGCUACAUAGCUCAGGUAUUCAAGACAGUAGAGAUUACGGUUCGAACGAUAUUA